AUGAGUUCUGGUGGUUUCACGGCUCUGGACAUCCUAGAUGUCCUACCAUAUGAUCGGAUGAUUGAUGUGGAAAUUGGCAGGAUCCUUGGUCAAGCUGGAGCCUUGAGAGCCAGAGGUCUUGCCAAACGUGAUACCUACCAGUAUUCUGCUCAUGAUGACACGAGAAAAUGGUUCAAGAAAAAAAGGUUCAAGAAAACAGAUGCGAAUACCAUCAUUCCUCUCAUUGGUAGUCAUAUGGCGGUGUUGUUGAUGGCCACCCUUGUAGCAAUAGUAGCCUACCAAGCUGCAUAUCACACCCUCAAUGGCAUUUUGAAUGGCGGCUACUUCCACAGCACCACUUUAGAUGGCACCCUCCAACUGAAGAAACAGGAGUCGGUUAUAACUCAGUCAUUCAUAUUGCUCAAUUCCAUAGGGUUUGUUGGGUCGUUGGCUGCGGUUAUGUCCCUCCUCCGUGAAUUCCCAUUCAAACCAUGGUCGCAAAUCUCGGGGGUUCUGAAACUUAACGUGGAUGAGGCUGCUAAGGGAACCCAGGUUUUUUCUGGAGGGGGAGUGGUGGUAAGGAAUCAAGAAGGGAUUUUUGUUUUAGCAGGUGAUUGCUUCUAUGGGGAGGGCUUGAACAUGAGAGGUGAAGGUAUGGCUUUGCUGGAUGGGCUCAGAAUGUAUCGAAGUUUUGGUUUGGAGGGUUAUAAGUUGCUAAUUGAAUCUGAUUCUCAGAUUCUGGUACAAAUGGUGUUGGGAAGGAUUGAGAUUCCAUGGAGCUUGUCUGUUGGUGGUGGGUUAAAGGUGCAUAGUUUUGCUCUGAGGUGGUGUACCGAGGUCAAAGAAUGCAGAGAUGGUAGAAGAGGAGGAUCUCAACUAGCUGGCUCUGUGCGCACACGUGUGGGAGAGAAGAGGGACGAUGGUGGUGGAUGGUAG